GUUGAGGUAUGUGAGCACUGCGUUUCUUCUGUGAAGGGAAAUGAAAGCAGCGAGAGGGAAACGUGUGUUCCUGUAUUCUACACAUGAUACUGUGAGCAAUGCUGAUGAGUCUUCCCGGGGUUGAGCAAGCCCAGCGUGGCCUUUCAGUGGGAAUGACAGCAGCAGCAUCCCACUGAAUGUGUCACAGAGGUGUCAGCUGAGGUGCACAGAGCAGAGUGGUGUACUAUAUAAGGGCGGAAGUUGAGCAGAAAGAAAUGCAUUUCAACCACACAACUCCCCACAUUUCACCCUCAAACCCCAGACCUGGAUUUCCUGGUUACUAUGCACUCAUCGUCGUUGUGGUACUCAUACUGAUUGGAUGUGUGGUGGCAAUGGUUUAUUUUAUCAGGAGGAAGUCAAGGUUAGAUGAGCUGCGCCACAGGCUGAUUCCUCUGUACAGCUACGACCCCACAGAGGAUCAAGAAGAGUGGGAGAACUCUGCCAGGGACAAUGAGGAGGAGCUGACUGAACCUUUGUACAAGGAGGGAAAGCUCGCCUUUUCAUCGCCCUACGGAACAUGAACAGACAAUCAAGAAAGAAGAAUGUGGCCAAUUACAAGAUGAUUUUUUCCUUUCUAUUGUGUAUCGCAGAUGCUUUACAAACAGAGAGUGGCUGCUUUGUGAGGUUUAAAAACGCGUGGAUGACACUCAACAGCUCUGAACACCACAUUCCCAUGUUCUGUGCAGAGCAGCAGGUGGUGCUGUGAUCCUGUCUUUUGGAUUUUUAGAGUCUGGAUUUUGUUGUUGUUGGUAAAGACUGUACAAAGUGCAUUGAGACAUUAAGCAAGAUGAUAUUUUUGGGCAAUAAACUGAAGGCUAAAAUCAA